AUGAUUGGACCAGAUAGACUCAAGAAAAAGGCCGUUAGUCUGGCUUGUACUGUUUGUAAGAAACGAAAAUUGAAAUGUGAUGGGAAUACUCCAUGUGGUAGGUGCAAUAAGCUAAAGACGCCCGAAAAAUGUAGCUAUUGUACUGAUAGAAGAAAAGAUAAGAGAAAGAUCCAAAACGGCUCGAGGGUUUUCGUGUUUAAGAAUCAAAAUAUCAGUAACGAGAACAAAUUUUUGGAAAGAAACGAAGAACGUAGUGAAGAUCUUCUUUCCGAUAAGACUAGAAUAGAAACAGCAGAACUGGAGCCAGAUAUACCAGAAUUUGGAACAACUGGGAUUUCGGCUGCUGAUACAGGUAUAUGGGACAAUUCUCUUCCAGCAGAUUUUAACUUUAAUGAUUUCAGUACUGAAGGUGCAGAUAUUGAUGACUUUUUGAAACUACUGGGAGAUAGUUUCUUUCCAAUGAGGCAAGAAGGCACAUCAUACUCUCCAUGUGCCACAGACUCCAACAUUCUUACUAGUGGUGUAACUGGAGUGACUGAGAGUGAAAACUAUACUAUCAAUCGAUCUCAUUUGAUCAAUAUCCUUUUUGAGGACGAGUCUCACGCUCCACCAGGAAUAUCGAAAAAACAUCUUCUUGAUUUGGAACUCCGAUACGGAGAUUUAGAAUCUAUAGAAGGAAGCAGUGAUGAAAAGUUUCUGCUUGCAACCUCAUUGUGCCUUGGGUCGUUAACUAUCCGAAAGAGGGAGUUACUAAAUCAAUCGAGCUCCGAUGAUUAUCCUCUUUUAUCAGAGAAUGGUAUCCCAACAUUGACGGCAGAUGCUUAUAACUAUUAUACUUUUGCAAAGGCGUUAAUCCCCGAUCUGCUGCCUUCUCCCACAAUCGAUGGAUUUUGUGGUCUUGUCCUAAUGGCUAAUUUUAUGACUAUGAUGAUAUCUUUAGAAGGUCAACUAUAUUUGAGUAUAAAUGCUUUGCAGAUCGCGGUUGCUUUGAACUUAACCAAUGGAGAAAAAUGCAAAGAAUUACUUGAAUUAAAUGCCGACGGAGUUGGUUUGAUUUUACUAUUCUGGAAUAUUUGGUGUUCGUCUUGCAUGUUAACAACUUUCCACGGAAGAAGACCUUUUAUUACUCUAGAAGAUAUCACGACGCCUUUACCUUGUGAACUGAAACUCGACAAUAAAAGAUCCGAACUUUCAAUACAAUUCAUGCAAUUAAGAAUUCAGUUAGCUGCAAUACAAGGCAAGAUUUUCAAGCAACUGUACAUUUCGGGUCCGACAAAUAAGGACCAGUUUGUAAGGUUGCAAAAUGAGCUUGAAGAAGUUUCAAUUCAAAUUAAUAGGUUGAAAAGCUGUCCCGUAUUCGAAGAACGUCUUUUCUAUAGAAGUCGGGUGUUAAUGUUAGAGCUAUCGAGUUUUAAAGCUCAGACGUCUUUUCUAUUAUAUCACCCGUACCUAAUUUGUGCAAAGUCCUUAGAAGCAGUGAAUGCUGCAAAAUCAAUAAUUCAUGAAAUCUGGAGUCAUUACACAAAACAGUUUCCCAAAAAUGAAAAAGAAAUCAUAGAACAUUUGGAUUGGAAUUUCUGUUAUCCUUUCAGGACUGCAUCACUGACGUUAUGCGUUUCAUGUGUUAUACUUCUAAGAUAUACGCAAGCUAUAAAAUUUCUGGAAGAUAGUGAUUUGUUCGAAUAUGUUUUAGCAAUAGAGAUAUUACAAGAUUUAAUCCAAUUACUCCCGAUUGAACAAAAGCUUAUUGAUUUAAUUAAAGCUUCAAGUGAACCAAAAGGUACUACAAUAGGCUCGAACACUGAUGGUUUCGUUGAGUUUUGGGGAUGUAUGCUUGAUUGGAACUCAUCUUAA